GAUUUUUGGCGGCAUUCUUAUUCUGGUUUCAAUUUCAGUUUCAUUUUAUGGGAAAAGUAUGAAUUUUAUUUCAAUUUCACGAGCGCUUCUGUGUUCCUUCUCAAGAAAUCAACUUUGUCCAUCCAUCGUUCUUGCAGAGAAACUGUCAAAGCUUGGAUUUUCGACCUCGAGUCAACAGAAUGCUGAAGAAAACAGUUCCAGAUACAAACGGCCAAUUCAACCUUAUCUUCGUUUUCGUAGUGAAUUCAUCACUAAAUUCAAAAAAGAAAGCCCUGAUUUAAAGCUACAGGAGCUUAACCAUCUUAUAUCUGAAGAAUGGUCUCAACUUGAUCCCGAAAUCAAAGCAGAAUACAGACGAACAUAUGACGAAGAAAUGGCCGAGUUCAAGGCUCCGUUUGAAAAGAUGCCUCGCAAACCUGCAGGCGUUUAUGCUCGGUUUGUGAAGGAAAACUUUGCUAAAGUAAGAGACCAAAACCCCGAAUUGAAUACUCAAGAGGUUAUUGGGAAACUUAGCGAGGAGUGGAAGAAGGUCUCAGUAGAAGAAAAGGACCGUAUCAAGAAAAAAGUUAUGGUAGACGUUGAACAAUACCACUCAGAUGUUGUUGCCUUCCAGGGGAAGCUUACAGAGGACGAGAUUGAUUUUUUAAACCAUUUCGCUAAAGAUCAGAUGAAAAAGCUUAACCAGGAGCGAUUAAAACUGUUGAACUUCCCAAAGAAACCAGGUGGUACAUUUAUAGUAUUUGUAAACAUGGAAAAAGAGAAUUUCCCCAGAGAAGAAGAUGAAAGCAUGAGUGAAUGGUUGAAAAGAAUGGGAAGGAAAUGGCGCAACAUGUCAAGUGAAGAGAAGGAGAUGUAUUUCUCAGUGAAAAAGAGAGCUAUGGAGAAAUAUGAAGAAGAUGUGGAAAACUGGAAGCUUGAACAACAGGCAAAGAUUCUGGAACAGUAGACAUUGUUUAUGAUGUCAAACCCACUGUAGUACUUCUAGUGAAGAGUGCAACUGAACUGGAAGUACAAUUAAACUUGCGCAUGACAUAACGUAAACAACAGAAUCGUACCUAUCUUAAAAAGCCAAAUAUAGCUAGCAACGCAAGAGCAAGUGCAAACACAAAAGGCCUUGUUUUUUAUUCAAAUCUGACCAAUUCAGUGAUAAACAAGCAUAAGGUAUUAAAUUCUUCCAUUUUUCUUGCUCUUGUACUUGAUUUUGUUAGUAACAACGAAACACAAUGCAAGAAGUUUUUUCUGCUCCUGUUCUUGCAUUGCUAGUAAAAGUCUCAGCUUUUGAACCUAUGCUCAAAGUCCAAGUUUCAGAUAGGUAUUUUGCGUGCAGAUUGCCAGGGUAGUGUUUUAUCACACAAAAUGAGGCUACUUACUCUAGCUAAUACAUAUGACAGGCUUUGUAGUAUUUUAGGAAUGAUAUCAUCCCAUUUCUCACAUUUGGGUGUAGUCUCUAAUUCUAUUAUUCCUAACAUAUUUACAGAAAAUCAAAUCAAACUUAUUAGAACACUAAAGUCUGAAAGCAGUUUAGCAUUCUGUCUAUGUUUGGUGCAAGGUUUUUCCUCUCCCUAAAAGGAUUCCGACUGCUUGACUGAUUCUACAUGUUGGUCAACAUUAUUUUUAUGAUCUGGUUAAGAUAAUAAGUCCAUACAUGUAAAAUUCAUUGCUGGGUUUCAUGUGACGAGGAACUAGAUUGCUUUCCCUCUUUUCCAGAAUGUAUGUCUUAUCUCACCAUCUAAAAGGCAAUGUGCAGCGACGCCAUUUUGUGCAGCAAAGCAUGAUGGUAAUUAUAGUCCUUGCAUUAUAUCAUAGAUGCUAGAAUAGCAAUCGAUUUUUACAUUUUCUUUGUAGAAAUGGUGCAACUACUACUAUUGUUGCUUAGAAAAAGCAACAACUGCUUAGAUGGACUGUUGUAGUGGACAUGAACAAGUGUAAUGGCUACAACUAGCAUAAUGCUUGGCUUCAUGAAAUUGUGCUGCACAUUGCCUAUUAAAUGACUUGGAUCCAGUCUCUUGCUACCUAAAACCUAGAAAUUAGCACUUAUAUAACAGGCUGGUGAUUAUUUAUAACAGCUUGAUGUUUAUUUACAUUAAUAUAUAUAAUCAUACUAUGUCAUCAUUUCUUGUUAUUUUCACUGUUAGAAUAAAAAACAACGAUGAAAUAUAUCAAA